AGAUUUAUGUGGGAAUGCUAAACUCUCCUCCACUCAACACGGUUAUCAUUUCACACGUGCUUUUCAUCAUCUUCAUCAAUUAAUUCACACACAACAGUUUUAAAUAGUUAAAAUAGCUACUUUUAAAUAGUACUUAACAUGGAAUGCAAUGGCGUCAACAUGGCGCCGGAAAUUAUGAAGCGAGAAGAUUCCAGUGAUACCAACUUCAACGUAUACGUCGGAUCUGAAACAGGAUUUCUCAAAGGGAUUUGUUUCGGGUUGGAAACGCCCAUGAUGAAAGAACUCUCAGAUUAUGAUAAAUCCAAAAAACCCGUUCCCAUCAAGACCUUGUCCUGGACAGAUCCCAACAACCGGAAAGACCUCCUUGUCGGCCUAAUUGAUCGCACCGUCAAAGUUUACAAUACAAAGUUGAGAGCAUUCACACAAGAGAAGAGGGUGCAACUCAGCGAUGAGGGUGAAAGCCAGUUGGUCUCGUUAUCUCAACUAGACGAUAAAUAUUUGGUGGGGCUUGAAAAUGGGAAAAUAUCUUACUGGAAUCCUGCAGACAGCAAAUCUACGAUUGAAUUGAAAGCUGGAAAUCAUUUAUCAUGUGUUAAAUCAUGUCCUCAAGACUCCUCACUCUUUGUAACGGGUGGCAAAGAAAAUGACGUAAAAAUAUGGAAACUGGACUCGGGAACGACCGAACCUAUUUGGAAAGCAAGAAAUGUGCCUCACGUUUUGGAGCUUCGUGUUCCAGUUUGGGUGCAGGACGCAGCAUUCCUCCCACAAACGACAGACCUUGUCGCCAUCGCUUCCCGCUACGGACAACUGAGAUUGUACGACACCAAAAUGGACAAUAGAAAUCGACCCGUGAUUAACAUGGAGUUUUCUGACCAUCCCGCUAUGUGUAUUUCUCCUACCAGAAAUGAUCGUCAAGUUAUUGUGGGGUCGGCACAAGGAAAAGUUGGUCUAGUAGACAUUCGGAAUUAUGGAAAGGAAAAAGUUGUGCAUUUGUUUCACGGUUUCAACGGCAGUGUUCGCAGUAUUGUGGCGGAUGAGAACACCCCAUAUUUUGUAUCUUGUGGACUGGACCGCUUCUUAUAUUUACAUAAUUUGAAUAAUAGGAGUCCCGUUAAAAAGCUCUUCUUGAAGUCCAGGUUGACCGGUGUACAAAUUACGAAGGAUUUUUUGGCACAAUUAGUUAACAACAGCGACGACCUGCAGUCAAGCUGGCACAACAUUGAUAUGAGCGUCCUCCCUGGAGCCCCAGUACCUACGAAUGCUGAACGUGAACUCAUCGGUGGCCCGUCUCCCAAAAAAUUUCGAAAAAGUAAAGUUACGUCAUAAGCCUUUUUGAUAGUUGACUUUAAUACUAGAGACCCGUUCAAUCCGUACGUUUUCUAUAACUAAUAUAAAUAGCAGUGAGACUUGUGAUAGUGUAAAAUUUAUCAGAUUUUGUAGAUUUUAUUGAGACAUUAAAAAAUGCAAUAAUUUAUACGAUA